AUGUCGCCCUCUCCACCGCCCGCGUUCGACGACUUCCAGUUCUUCAAUCCUGCCCUCCACAACCUCCUUCCGUCUCCCCCACCGCUCCCGCCCUCUGCAGACCUCUUCUCCGCCUCAGAGACAACCGACUUUCUUGGUUUUCUCGAGAACUUCAACUGGGAGUUCGAGGUUGACCCCCAGGACACACUCCACUCGUCCAUACAAUAUCCAGACCACAACCCCCGCUUCGACGACCUUCCACCACCCCCACUCGCCGCACACAAUGAGCGCGUCAAGAGCUAUCCACCUCCCGCCGAACGAGAGCCCGCGCCAGCCGACAUGAGACCAGACACCACCGCGACGACCUCUACGUCGUCGUCCUUGUCCCCGCCUCUCGAUCCGUCAGCAGACACGAGCAUGUUAACACGCGUUAAACCGCCCCUUUCGACCCCUCAGAAGCGGCUGAAUCACAUCAUGUCCGAGCAGAAACGCCGGAACGCAAUCCGUGACGGGUACCUGCAGCUCACAACUCUACUCGCACCUGCUGGUGCCCCACCGGGCUCAGGCAUGCCGACGAGAGGACGUCCGAAGGGGAGUGGUAGCCGUGGCAGAGGGAGUAAGGGCAAGAGCGGGAUACUGUUCAGGGCACGCGAGUACAUCCAGUUCUUGGAGGAUGGGAGGGAGGCGCUGCUACAGGAGGUCCUCAAGGUCGAGGCGGCGGCAGACAUCCGACAUUGA